ACCUGACGUCAUCAUCCUUCACGUCAUUUUGAUAUAAACUCGGAAUCAUUCAAAAUAUCAUGUUUUUAAUAAAUUCCCUGUAAAAUGUUCAUUGAAGAGACGAAAACAUGCCUUCCCCUGUUAGUAGUGUUCAUCAGCCACCAACUGCUGAGAAUGCUCAUGCCGUUCAACCUUCUACGGCCGAUUCAAAGGCCGAUAAAAAACCAACCGUAUUAGAAAGUCACGGUUAUUAUUUGGGCAAAACAAUCGGCACAGGAUCUUAUGCUACGGUUCGAAUGGCGCACAGCGAUAGGCAUGAAGGAAAUGUAGCGAUUAAGAUAGUAAGCAAGUUUUCAGCACCGGCCGAUUACCUAAAAAAGUUUUUACCGAGAGAAAUCGAAGUAGUUAAAGGCUUAAGACAUCCUAAUUUAAUCAGGUUCUUACAGGCUAUAGAAACAACUCAUAGGGUCUACAUCAUAAUGGAGUUUGCUGAAAACGGGAGCCUCCUGGACAUCAUUAGGAAAGAUCAGUACAUCGACGAGACGCGCUCGAGAAAAUGGUUCAGACAACUGACGAACGCAUUGGAGUACUGCCACGAUCGGGGUGUGGUUCACAGAGAUAUAAAAUGCGAGAAUAUGUUAAUGGACGAUGGGUGGAACAUAAAACUUUCGGAUUUUGGGUUCGCCCGAGGCCAAAUGAAACCGAAAAAUGGUCAACCUAUCCUAAGCGAGACGUUUUGCGGUAGCUAUGCCUAUGCCUCACCAGAAAUUUUGCGGGGAAUACCUUAUCAGCCGCAAUACGCAGACAUAUGGUCGAUGGGCGUGGUCCUGUUCGCCAUGGUUUUCGGUAGACUACCAUUCGACGAUAGCAAUUAUAAGGAAUUAAUUAAGCAAGUGUCAAGCAAGGUGGUGUUUCCCAAAGAACCAAAAGUCUCUAGCAGUUGCAAAUCAUUAAUUAAUAAAAUUCUCGCACCAUUAAAAAGUCGAAUAAGAAUUGCCGGGAUUAAGCAGGAUUCCUGGUUUAUUUACGAAGAGGAUGCUGGUGGUAGCGGUAGUCGAAAAUCCAGUCUUUCAGAGUCCGACGAUGAUAGACGGCUUUCAGUUGAUCCAGACACGUUGGUUCCUCCCAACCUGAUUACGAAAAAGGAGUUGGAGGCGAAGGCGAGACCAAGAGGAGCAAGGAGGGACAGUACUGAUGAAGAACAGUCGGUUAUUGCGGAGUUUUUGCCCCUCGACGACGACAAGGGAGAAGAUAAGGGAGGCACUAGCGGAGGCAAAACUAGAAAAUCUUCUAAAUAAAUUUGUCUCUUUAAA